AUGGAAAGAAAUGAGAAAAUCCACACGAUUACAGCAUCCGGGAAUUACACUUUACGAAUCGACUUGAAGGAUUUCUCUGGAAAUUCUCGAUAUGCAAGCUACAGCACCUUCAAUGUCGGAAGCGAGAAGUCGGGAUACAUUCUGAAUGUCUCGGGUUACAGUGGAGAUGCUGGCGACUCAUUUUAUACACAUACUAAUGCCAGAUUCUACACUAAGGAUCAUGACAAUGAGAAAAGGUGUGCAAAUAGAUUUAAAGGUGGAUGGUGGUACACAGGAUGUCACCGAGCUAACCUAAACGGUCUCUCUUGA